AUGGCGGAAUUUGAAGGCUAUAAGGUAGAUAACCGCGGAUUCUCCACCAUUGCUCUACCGGGCCUGACCACCGGCUUUCUCAAGUUCCCAAAGCAAGUGGCGGCAAGAAACGCGUGUAGAGCUGUAGGCCGGUAUAUAGACGCCAAUCCUCAAACCAAACUUAAAGAAGUUCGUUUUGUCAUACAUCCCGAGGACAAUGAAACACUGAAGGCAUUUGUCGAUGCUGUCAAGAGAUGGGAUCUAAACGUAAAUACAGAGAUCGAAAGAAAAGAGGUGUGUCGAUUAAAGAUAAACCAGAUCUCUGUUUUGAUAAAGAUAGACAAACUGGAGGAGGAACAGGUGGACAUGAUUGUCAAUAGUGUCGGCAAGAAUUUAAAUUUGGAUUCGGGGACGCUGUCUAAAGCAAUAACCACAGCUGCUGGUCAGCAGGUUAGGGACGAGUGUCGGCGGAAUCAUCCGUCUGGGGUGACUGAGGGCGAUGUUGUCGUCACAUCCGCCGGAAACUUGAAGUGCAAGAAAAUAUGCCAUGCCUGUGUGCCAUCACACAAGAAAAGUAGUAACAACGAAUCCAAAAAGAAUAUUAAGGACAUUGUUAUCAAAUGCCUGGAAGCUGCAGAAAAAGACAACCUGGUGUCGGUGGGCUUCCCUGCUCUUGGUAGCCGCUACAGACACUAUCCCACCCAGACAACGGCCCAAGGGAUAUUGAGUGGAAUAGACGAGUUCUCCAAAACCCACACUUCAUCUUCAGUUAAACAGAUCACCAUA